CGCCCAGCGCUCGGCCCAGCCCGGCGGCCCUGGGGUCUCUGACUGCGGCCGCGUGAGCUCGGAGCCGCCGCGAUGCCGAAAGCCAAAGGGAAAAACCGGCGCCAAAAGUUCGGCUACAGCGUCAACCGCAAGCGGCUGAACCGGCAGAGCCGCAAGCGGGCGGCGCCCCGUAUCGAAUGCUCCCACAUCAGACAUGCGUGGGACAGAACCAAAUCCGUGUCUCAGAACCUGGCUGAAAUGGGGCUGGCUGCAGACCCCAACAAGGCGAUUCCCAUCCGGAAAAGGCAGCUACCGGUGAUGGACAUGGAGGUUGAUGGCCAAGACAAAGGGAAGAGAGUCGUGCAGAAGCCUUACGUCCUGGACGAGCUGGAGUAUGAGGCCAGCCUCCCGGAGAAGAAGUCGGAGACGCUCUCCAGAGACCUUAUCGAUUAUGUGCAGUACAUGGUACGGAACCAUGGCGAGAACUACAAGGACAUGGCUCGCGAUGAGAAGAACUACUACCAGGACACGCCCAAGCAGAUCAAGAGGAAGAUCAGUGUGUAUAAGCGCUUCUACCCGGAGGAGUUCCAGGCUUUCACUGCAUCCCUGCAGCAGGUCAAGAUGGACCAGCAGUGACUGCUCCCACCCUGCCCUGUUGGACCCACCCGCAGCUGCAGGUCCUGUGCUGCCACUCCCCAGGCAACCCAGGGAAGAUUGUCUCUGCCUGCUGGUGCCAUUUCACCCUUCGCAGGCUGGGGCUCGCUGAACUAGAAGGUGGGAACGAGCGUGCGCUAGAACGGGCCCCUCCGUACGGCUGCUGAGGAGUCAGCUGCUGCCUCACCCUAGUGGGGGCGAAGGGAAGAGACCGUCUCUUGUGUCCUGCAGCUCCGAGUUACAAUAAACCAGCGUGAAUACACCCGA